AUGAACCGCGCCGACGAAAUUCAGGUCAUGGACGCCUCGUCCGCUUCGUCGUGCUACAACGAAGAGGAAGGAUUUGAAGGCGAGGACGACGAUGAUGAUGAGGACCUGGAGGAAUCGUACGCCAAGGGAGCCAUCCUCAUGGAGAAGAAGUCUGCGCUGGAGGAACACAUCAAGGAAUAG